AUGGCAUUAACAUCAAGCCAAACAGUUUCCAGUUUCCAGUGUUCGUUUACUGUUUAUUUUGAUUCAACAAACAUCACCCAUAUUCCAGCAUUAUUCGUCCCAACAUGGAUUUCUCUAGGUAUCAUUAACGCCGUCACCUUUCCACCGACUGUCCUCAUCAAUUUACUGGUGAUCUGGACCGUGCUGGAAAAUGAACAGCUAAGAAGUAACAGCUACUACCUCUUGGUCGCCAUCCUUUCGCUCAGCGAUUUUCUAGUAGGACUCGUUGUACAACCUCUUUCUGUUGCUUUGAUAGUCAGUGUUAUUGUCCAGUUUUCGUUAGCAUGUGAACUGGUCAUGACCUAUGCGAUACUUACGUUACUUUGCUAUGGAUGGUCGACUGUUACCAUGGUGAUUGUCAGCCUGGAAAGAUACCUUUACAUAGAGCAUCCCCUAUACUAUCAAGUUUCAGUUACCACCAAGAAACUGAUGAUAGUAACGGCAGUUAGCUGGCUAGUGGUAGGGACAGGAGGCUUGGCAAGUAGAUUCUUGAUGAGCGACUCCUUCCAGUCGAGGCAACUUCCUCUGACUCUAAUUAUUUGCCCCAGCUUCUUCAUCAUCUUAUUUUGCGUCACUAAAAUACACCUGACGGCCCGUCGACAGAUGAGAGCCAUCGUCGCCCAGCAGCAAUCUGUAGCACAGCAAAGUAAGAUCAAGGAAUACAAACGCACUUUCACUCUAGGUUUGAUAGUGCUAGCAUCCGUGGUGUGUUUGUGUCCAAUAUUGGUUUUAAAGAUCGUAGGAGUUGUGAAUGGCAAUUGGAGUGAUGACUUCAAAUAUCUAUCGCAAGGUAUUUAUAUCAGUGGCUUGAAUCUGCAGUCACUCAUCAACUCCAUCAUUUAUUCGCUUCGUCUUUCCGACAUCCGUUCGGGUGUGGCUAAAAAACUCUGCUGCAAUCGCCAGUGA